AUGAGUCUUUCUUUAAAUAUAGACUAUAUCGCAAAAAAUAUUCAAACAUAUAUCGAUCAAGAAAACAUUCCAAACAUUUUAGAGAAAGCAAAUCUUGAUCCAACUCUUUUCAAGACUCUUCUUUUGCAAGGUAAAACAAAAUAUUCAUUACCAAAAUUAUAUAAAUUUGUUCAAAAAUGCAAAGUUUGUGUUAAAACAUUUGAAGACGCUAUUAAUAUUCUUAAAAUCUACGAAACCUGUUUGAAACUCGAAUCAUCAUCUGGAUUAAUAGAUUUCUUUACUAAACACAUAGAAAAUCAAAAUAAUCAAACACAACUUCAAAAUGAAAUAUCACAAUUUAAUAUUCAAAAUGCACAACUCAUGAAUGAAAUAUUCAAAUGUCAUAAUGAAAAUAAUCAAUUACAACAAAGAAUUAAUAAAAUUGCGACAAUACAUGAAAUUCCAUUAAAUUCAGAUUUUGAUACAGCUUACAAUUUCCUUAAAGAAUUUUCUAAAAAGCGUGAUAAUUUCCUUGAAGGACUUACAAAGAAGUGUGAUAAUAUUAAAAUGCCUAUUUCAUGUGCAGUUGGAUUAAGUGAAAAGCGAAACUCAGAUGAAAACACAAUCUUGCUUGAAGCAUGUAUUAAUGGGGAUUUCCAAUUUGUUAAAUCUCUUACCGAAUCAGGAUGUGACAAAGAUGCAAUUGAUAAAAACGGAAAUAAUUGCUUACUUUUAUCAUCAGCUAAUGGACGUCUUGACAUCGUUAAAUAUUUAAUUGAAGCCGGUUUUGACAAGAACUGGCGUAACAAAACUAAUGGAAAUAAUCCUAUUCUUUAUGCUUCAUUAACUUGUCAACUUGAAAUAGUUAAAUAUCUUAUUUCAAUUGGGGCUGAUCCAAAUCAAAAAAAUAAUAAUGGAUGUUCAUCAAUUUAUGCUGCAUCACAAGAAGGCAAUCUUGAAAUCAUUACAUGUCUUAUUUCAUGCGGCGCCGAUCCAAAUGCAAAAAGCAAUAAUGAAUCUACACCAAUUAUUGUAGCAUCAAUUUCUGGUAACCUUGAAGUAAUUAAAUAUCUAAAAAGCAUAGGUUGCGAUGUAAAAUCAAAAAAUAAAGAUGGUAAUGAUUGUAUUCUCUUUUCAUCAUUGUAUGGUCAUCUUAAAGCAGUAAAAUAUCUCGUUUCACUUGGAGUCAAUCCGAAUGAGAAAAAUAAUGAAGGAUAUUCACCAAUUCAUGCUGCAUCACAGAAUGGUCGUCUUGAUGUAGUUAAAUAUCUUAUUUCAGUUGGAGUUAAUCCGAAUGAAAAAACUAAUGAUGGAUUUUCACCAAUAUUUGCUGCAUCGCAUAAUGGUCAUCUUGACGUAGUUAAGUAUCUUAUUUCAGUUAAGGCUAAUCCAAAUGAAAAAACUAAUGAUGGUUUUUCGCCCAUGACUACUUCAUCAAAUAAUAGUCAGCUUGACGUAGUUAAAUAUCUUUUUUCAAUUGGGGUUAAUCCAGAAGGAAAAGAUAAUAAUGGAUGCUCUCCAAUACAUGCUGCAUCAGAAAAUGGUCAUAUUGAUGUAGUUAAAUAUCUCAUUCAAUGCGGAGUCGAUAAGAAUGAUUUAAACAAUCAUAAUGAUACUUCACUUCAUUAUGCUGCAUCUUUUGGGCAUUUUGAUCUUGUUAAAUAUUUAGUUUCGAUUCGUGUCGAUUUAAAUCAUAAAGACAAUGAAGGAAAAACUCCACUUGAUUGUGCAAAAGAGAAGCAAAACGAAAAUGAAAAAUACAGAAAUAUAAUUGAAUUCCUAGUUCAAUCAGGCGCGAAAUAA